AUAGGAGCUCCAGUCAGAGAGAGUGAGAGAGAGAGAGAGAGAGAGAGAGAGAGAGAGAGAGAGAGAGAGAGAGAGAGAGAACGGGGCAAUUUUGUGGACAACUCGUCGCCUUUACAAUUGACAUCAAACACUGUUAGAGAGUAAACAGUUCCUUGUUGCCUGGGUCGAGAGAGAGAGAGAGAGAGAAAGAGAGAGAGAGAGAGAGAGAGAGAGAGGCAGACAAGGGAGACGGAGCAGAGUACCGGGUGACUUUCUGUGAAGUUGAAGCCAGAAUUUCGCCAGUUGACUGCCGGAGGAGAGGAGCGGACCAGCCGUGUUUUGGAUUUGCUAAAGAGGGGGGCGGGAAAGGACACGCUACCGUCAGAAGUUCGUGAGCUGAAUAAACAAAAGUUGAAGUUUGGCGUUGUUGCAGUCGUUAAAUGUUGUGACAUUUUCGGAGAGCAUUGCUCUAGCCGUCGACGGUCGAGUGGCGGGGUAAAACCCGAGCUGUCAAACCCGAUGACUACUGCAAACUGCGCCGGUAAUGAGGAGCUGGACUUCAGACUGAUCUUCGGAGAGGACGGACAACAGCAGCCUCUAGGCCCCGCAGAUCUGGAGCCUGAUGACAACCCGUCGUUCUACAUCCUGAAUGUGGGCCAGCCCCAGUCAGUGGUCACCAACCACCAGUCUGUGGGCCUGCCCCGUCAUGGUAUGCAGUCCCACUCCCAGGUCAUCAGCACUUCUCCACGCCUUCAGCCACACAAGCCAGCCUCUGAGCCCACGAGCUAUGAGGCACAGGACUCCAAGUACAGCACCUCACCCCUCCUUCCCUCUGUGCCUGUUGGGGCACCUAAGGCCUUUGAGUGCCCCAGCAUCCAGAUCACCUCGAUCUCACCCAGCUGCCAGCAGGAAAUGGACGCCAAUGAUGAGGAUUUGAGGGCAAACGGCCCUGAUGGGGAUUACCAUGGGGAUCGUCCCCUGUCCAGGGACCACCUGUAUUUACCCCUGGACCACUCAUACCGGGACUCCUCGCUCAGCCCCAGCCCAUGCAGCAGCCUCUCCUCCAGGAGCUGGUUCUCUGAUGCCUCCUCCUGCGAAUCAUUCUCUCAUGUGUACGACGAUGUAGACUCAGAGCUAAACGAGGCAGCUGCCAGGUUCACCCUGGGCUCCCCACUCACUUCCCCAGGCUGUGCCUCCCCUCAGACGGGUGGUGGAGUCUUGGAAGAGCAGUCCCCCUGGCAGCACCACCACCCUGCCUUUGUCCACUCCCACUCCAUCACCCUGUCACCACGACAGUCCCCCUGCCACUCGCCACGCACCAGCGUCACUGAUGAGAAUUGGCUGAGCCCACGGCCACCUUCACGCCCCUCCUCACGCCCCACCUCACCCUGCGGGAAGAGGCGCCACUCCAGUGCCGACAUCUGCUACCAGGGUUCAGUGUCUCCCCACCACUCACCCACCCCCACCCCCGGGCCCUCGCCUAGGGGCAGCGUGACAGAGGACACAUGGGUUGGCAGCCCUUCUGUUGGCAUGUCGCCCUUCCAGUGCUGCCCAUCUGAGGCUGACAUCCCCUCCAAGACCAGGAAGACGUCCCAGGACAGAACAGCUAUACAGGCUGGGAAAGGGGAAUUAGGGCUAGAUGACCAGGGUAAUAUGUCCCCACAUGUAGACUCUCCAUCAGAGGAAGCCAUGCACGGCCUGAAGAAGGACGGGCCUGGGGAACAGUUUCUGUCAGUGCCCUCACACUUCACAUGGAACAAACCUAAGCCUGGUCACACACCUAUAUUCAGGACGUCCUCCUUGCCCCCUCUAGAUUGGCCACUACCCAGCCAGUUUGGCCAAUAUGAACUGAAGAUAGAGGUGCAUCCCAAGGCCCAUCACCGAGCACACUAUGAGACUGAAGGCAGCCGAGGAGCCGUCAAAGCAGCAUCCGGUGGUCACCCAAUUGUCAAGCUCAUUGGCUACAGUGAGAAGCCUGUCAACCUACAGAUGUUCAUUGGAACUGCAGACGACCGUUACUUGAGGCCGCACGCGUUCUACCAGGUGCACCGGAUCACUGGGAAAACGGUGGCCACGGCCAGCCAAGAAAUCAUCAUCUCCAGCACCAAAGUUCUCGAAAUUCCUCUCCUGCCUGAAAACAACAUGUCGGCCAGUAUCGACUGUGCUGGCAUCCUGAAGCUGCGGAACUCAGACAUCGAGCUGCGGAAGGGGGAGACGGAUAUUGGGAGAAAGAACACACGGGUACGGGUGGUGUUCCGAGUGCACAUCCCUCAACCCAACGGGAAGGUGCUGUCGCUGCAGGCUGCCUCCAUACCCGUGGAGUGCUCCCAGCGAUCAGCUCAAGAGCUGCCCCAGGUUGAGAAGUCCAGCCUGACCAGCUGUCUGGUCAGCGGGGGGGAAGAGAUGGUGAUCACUGGCUCCAACUUCUUCCCCGAGUCCAAGGUCAUCUUCCUGGAGAAAGGCCCUGAUGGAAGACCACAAUGGGAAGUUGAAGCAAAAGUAAUUCGUGAGAGAACUCAAGGAUCGAGCAUUGUGGUGGAAGUCCCUCCUUACCACAGCAAGACGGUGGCCUCAGCUGUCCAGGUGCAGUUUUAUGUCUGCAAUGGCAAGAGGAAAAGGAGCCAAUCGCAGCGCUUCACCUAUCUGUCAGUCAUGGUAAAACAGGAGCACAGAGAAGAGCUGGACCUUCCUGCAGUGCCCCCCAUGUCCAUGCCCCUGGCACAUGCUGCCAGUCUGGUGCGCACCCAGCUGCCUUCUUCUGAGCAGGGCCACCCAUCGGACAGCCUUAUGUCCAGCUCCCCUCGCGGCCUGGCCACGGGCUCUGGACCUGGCCUGCUCCCGCUGCAGGCCCCCUGCCCCUCCCUGGGCUCCCCCUCCUUCCAGCACCUGCCUCACCUCCAGGGCCGCGGUUUGCACCACCCGUCUGCGGACUGCCACAUGACGUUCCACCCCAGUUCAGCUCCCGCUCCUCUCACCGCUCCCUCCCGGCCUGCUUACCAGCCUAUGCAGCAUGGUCACAACCUGCCCUUCAAUGGCCAGCCCAGCCUUCCUCCUCAGGGCUACGAGAGGAUGCCCUUUCAGCAGAACCCCAGCGCCGCGUCACACUCCAUGGGCUUGGGGAUGGUGUACCCUUCUACCCCUUGCUCUUCCCCUUCAGCCCCAUCCUCCUCUCCCACCAACCCAAAUGCUGUGUCUCCUCAUAGCCAGCAGCCUCUCCUCACCCAUUCAUCUCCACACCUCCAUACACUGGGGGGCUACCACUGUUCCCCCAACCCCACCCAGGUGCCCUCUCCCACUGGCCUCCCCUUAGUGGGGCAGCCGUCAUCCCAGCUGCAAAGGGCCAUGGGUUACCACCCUACAAGUCAAAGAUCAGCUUCCUGCCCCACACCUUCUAGUGCCCCUCCUCCACGGUUGAUCCCCUCUCCCCACUCUGGGCCUUCCUCCCCUCAGCUCCACUCUCUACCCUAUCAGUCUCCCACCUCGUCCUCCCCCACCUCAGGUGGCAGUCCUUUGGGCCCCCUGCAGCAGCAGCAGCAGCGCUCAGGACAGCCCUCUCCCCAGGCCACCAGCCCCGUCAUGGCCAGCCUGUCCCCAGCAGCAGCAGGUUCUCUGGUUCACCCUCUGGGCCCCCAGGGUCCCUUCCCCACAGAGGGGGAGAGGCUGAACAUCAAACAGGAGCCAGAGGACAGGGAGCCCACCUUCCGAUCCAUAGGGCUGCAGGACAUCACGCUGGAUGAUGUGAAUGAGAUCAUUGGCAGAGACAUGUCCCAGUCCCCCGGCACACAUGGAGCUCCAGCAGCGCACAGCCAGUCGUAGCUCGCCCCUCGCUCAGGCCUCUCGACUCGUACGUUGUCCUCCUCUCCAGCCCGUACUCCUGCAGGUCCCCGGCUCCAUCACAGCCUCUGGACCCCGUCCUGCCUGCUGCAGCACAAGAGGGGCAGAAAGAGACAGUAUGUGUGGCCUAAAACAGAGACUGUAGUUCAAGACUACAGUGCCACAUGGACCUGCCAGACUGACAAGCAGACACUCUUACUUUUGUAGCCUGAUUUCGCAUAAAUUUAACGCACAUGUUUCAAAAUACUUUUGUUCUCUUACUUGUACACAGCAUGAACAGAUGAAAAGGACAAGCAAGCAGGAGAAUAUACAUCCAUGUUGAGUUCCAGCAGGGGUAACAUAGUAUUAUAAAAAUGAGGUUACAUAAAGGAAUGUGCUUUCUCUCCAGCUCUCCACUGCUCGACGGCUGUCUGUUAGUUCUCAGGCCUGUGCUCUGAUCGUAGAUUAUGCAGGUAUGACCCAGCCCAUUUACACUAACGGUUACACGUAUGCAGUCUGGCUUGACUCAUACUGACCAUUCAGCUGUCUGCGGUCUGCUUGGACAGAGAGCCAGUCAGUCAGGUUAUUUUGGGUCACUCACAGUCCAAGUACGGGACACAGAUACAGCAAUAUGUGUUUCGUCCUCUCCCACUCACCAGCAUUUACCUUCACGAAUGAAGACAGCCCACUCUGACUGGGGUUGUGAAGCUGUCUCGAGACUGGCCUGCAACCCAGCGCAGCCCAGUGACAAACACAUGGGAGUGCACAGUGAUAUCACCGGUACUCAGCUGUGAUAUCAGUAAACUGACGUCAAAAGGGUUUCACAGGCAGAUGUCUGACCAGCGGUAUGCUGAAAAUCCUAGUGUGCCACACUGCUUUCUGGGUUUGACUCAGCAGAUGAGCAAAUAAUUAACUGGAAAUUGGCAGAGUAAGAACCAUCCCAAGAUAAGGUGUGCCGUGAUACGACAUAAUGUAGUGAAAUUGAUCAGCAAUGGGCAACAACAGCUAGACACACAGUUCAGUUUUGAAUCUAAUACGCUGAAAUUGGAACGUAGACCUUAGUGUACAACUUGCUUCUUAUACUGUUGAGAUUUUGUCUGUAACGGACAUACUUGUUAUAUACCAGGAAAGACUUCUAAAUGAUCUGGGACCAGUUUUUUGGAGAAAAACAAACAAACACUUAAUUUGGGUAACACUUUUCAACCAGGAUCACACUGAUCUUGCUGAUUUUAAGUCCAUUCAAAAAAAAAAAAAAAAACAGAAGUGAUCAUUCUGACCCAGAUAUAUCAGGAGUCUAAAUUUGUUCUUUAAAUAGUCAUGUAUGCUACCAUCUGUUGGACAAGCUGUGCUAUUACAUUAAUUAAUAGUGUGAAGUAUAUUAGACUGAUGAUGUGUUAUCUUAAUUCAUUCAUCAGCACAGGUAAAGAACACAUAAGAACUUAAAAGAUAAGACUCAGAGUCUAUGAUGAAAAACAAAAAAAUAAUGCUCUGCAAAACAUUUUCUUUCAUUAAUUCCAGGAUCCCUUUAAAAUGAAUAGUUGACCAAAGUAGAGCGUUUCUCAGUCGCCCAGUCUGCUGCAGUGGUCACAGCAACAGGACAUCUCUCUUUGAACAAAAUUUAAACAAAUACUAUUUUUUUAAACUAUUUUUUCAUUAGUGAAGAUGUUUAGGCUGCAUUUUUCCCACAACCCUAACAAUUACAUCACAAUCAAUCAUUUAUUUUAUUACUAUUUUUUUAUUUCUAUGUAGUAUGCAUCAUGCCUCCACUUUGAAUCUUCCCUUUAAGUUGCAUCAAGAUUAGCCUGAUAUUAUGCAUCAAACUAAUUACUGCCAUAGAAAAACAUACAAAGAAAAAAAAACAUCUAAAAAGGAUUAAAAAUAGGAUUGAGGCACCCAGUCCAAUCCCAGUGUGAAUGAUCAGAGGAGAGAACUUUUGAAAAACUGGUCCCUGUUGAACCGGUGUUUCGCACUGAGUGUCGUGUGUGCGGGCUGAUGACACUGUCCGCUCCCUGUGUGUGUUCAACCCACUCAGGUCUCGAGUGCAGGGGCCCGGCAGGCAGGGAGCAGCUCCUGUAGCGCUGGACUGGGAUCUGCAGUAUGCAACAUUCCACAACUUCUAGUGACCUUCCAGCCGUGUAGAUAUCUGUACAUGAAUUCCUUCUCUCACUUGUACUUCUUUGCCCUCCCUCUCAUGUGUUUUCUUCAUCUUCAAGUUGAACAAAUGCCUUAUUAACAUUUAGCAGCUUUGAAUGGUAGCAAAAGCUUUUUGUUGUUGUUUUUUGCACAGCUGGCUUUGAGUUUGUAUUUUUUUUUUUUUUUUCUUAGGAUGUAUGACUUGGGUCAGAGUUUAUGAUUCAAAGCAAACCUGGUGGUAUUGCAAAGGUGUGAAAACAAGGGAUGAGCUCAGGACUGAGGCAGCCCUAUUGAGAGUUUUUAUUGUACCCCGUUUGAAUAUUGCCCACACACGUAUUGGAGUUACAUUUGAAAUCGGCAUGUGAAUGAUCCACAGAGACAGACCUGUGCCCCCCUCAGCAGGAAGUAACUCCCCCAGUUUCCCAGGGACUCCUGCGUGCCUUCCACCAGACCUCCAGUGAUAUGACAGCUUAGGCAACAUGCCACUGGAAAUAAUUGGGACAGUGUUUUACACUUUAAUCAUAGAGAUGUCUUCAUUUGCUUUAUGUAAUGCCCCCUCACACCUUUCUGUAAUGAACAAGUUCAGAGAACAACAUCUGAACAGUUUGGGUUCCUCCACACUCACAGUUUGCAUACUGUGGCAACAAAUCAGCGCCGAAUUUGCAUUUCACAAACAAGACAUUUUCUUGUCUACAGAGUUGCAUCUAUACUAGACAGUGUUUUUAGUAACAUUUCCCAUUUUGAGAAAUAUGCAGUGAAUAUAUGGCAGCAAUAACUAAAAUCAGCCUGAAGAAAAGUUGAACUAGCAUAUAGGAAUAGAUAAGUGUUUUUCAAGCAGCUUUCUUGUCAUAUAUGGUUUGGAUGUGCACAGAUGCUGAUUUUGAAUGCUGGAUAGAUACAGAUUUGUCAUUCUGCAUUGAACAUUUUCAUUGGCUCUUUGCCUUAAGCUUCUCUUUCUCUUUGACGCCAGUACUCUUGCAUGUUUUGUUUUAUUUUAUGAAAAGGGGCUGGGGGGGGGGGGUAAUGACAGCUUUCAGUCAGUUUCCAGGUGGAAAUGAAAUUGAUUCCGCUAUGCACUAAAACUGCCUAAUGCCUUUAAAAUGA